UCUGAGAACAUGCUGCGCCUCAAGAGGGACCCGUUUGUGGGGGUCUCAGAGGAAUACAGGAAUCCCCUGGGAGACGAAGACCGGAGGCUACUCACUACGUUCUUCACCAAGAGCAGCGCUGACUCGUUCCUGCUGGAGAUGCAUGAGUUUCUGCUGCUGGUCCUGAAGAGCCCCCGUGCCCCCGACACAUACAGGCCUGACUGGGGCCUGAAAGACACCCUGGUGUCCUACAUGGAGCGGAAAGACCUUGACGUUCCCCACGACGUGGACGAGUUGUUCCCCGGAGAGAUCAGCCUGGCUCAGUACAUAGAAGCCUGGAAGUUCACCGUGGCCUUCAAACAGGAGCGCAGCCAGAGAUAGCUCAACCACCGACAACUGAUUCUACUCUGCCUUUGUUUGCAUCCCACAUGGCUCCCUAUUCCCUACAUAGUGCACUGCCUUUUCUUCCUGAAGAGUCCAACAUCAUUUCAUACUUGUAUUGGUUUUUAGACAGGACAGUAUGAAGUCAGGGGGACAGACUAUGUUGGAGGAAUGACGAGACGGAAGGGAGCAUAGCCAAAACUCCAACCCCCAGACUCCGCCAAUGUAGUGCACUACUUUUGACCGACCAGGUUGGGGUGCCAUUUCAGAUGCAGAUUUUAUAGUCCCUGUAUAGUGUAUGUAAGGGCCACAGAUAUGUUUACAAUCAUGUUGAAGAAUACACUUAUGUGAUAUAGAUGCAUAUGUUUUACACAGGAGAACAUGAAAUGAGUGCCUUUUUGGAAAUGCACUUUCAAAGUGCCAGCAGACAGGUUCUACUCAUGUACAAUACCUAUAAACUGUUUCAUUCUGGUAUCUA